AAGAUUAAAUCUUGUUUCCUUAAAUUAAUCCCGCCUGCAGACCCUCUUUCUCGUUGUUGUAUACACGGAAAAACCCAGAAAAACUGGUCCUUGUUGUUGAAUUUUAUACAUAAUUAAAUUGUCAAUCUCAACCUCAAAAAUAAAAACAACCUAUCCAAGCUCGCCAAUACACUAUAGAGAGAGAGAGAGAGAGGCAAGAUUCGAAGACUAUUAAAGGCUCAGCGGCGGCAAGAGGAUCGGAGGCAGAGAACAAUAUCGCAAAAACUUAUGGCAGAAGGAGGGACUACCUUAGAGUAUACUCCCACAUGGGUUGUGGCGGUGGUUUGCUCUGUUAUCGUUCUUAUUUCUCUUAUUGUUGAAAGAACCCUCCACUACCUUGGCAAGUUGUUGAAGAGGAAACACCAGAAACCGCUCUCUGAAGCCUUACAGAAAAUCAAAGAAGAGUUGAUGCUUUUGGGGUUCAUAUCACUGCUACUGACAGUGUUCCAGGGAAGAAUUAACACUAUCUGCAUUUCUAAAGAUUUGUCAAAAAAAAUGCUGCCCUGCAAGGACGAAACUAAAGAAACCACUACUGCCCAUUUUCAGACUUUCUUUUCCUUCGUUCCUGGUGGGAUUUCCCGUCGCCUUUUAGCCGAGGCCUCCUCUGCUAAUUCUUGUUCCGAGGGAAAGGUUCCACUGUUAUCUACAACUGCACUGCAUCAUCUUCAUAUAUUUAUCUUCGUGCUAGCUUGUGUGCAUGUGGUUUUCUGUGUUCUAACCAUUCUUUUUGGAAGCGCUCGGAUAAGGCAGUGGAAACUUUGGGAGAAUUCUAUCUCAAAAAAGGAACAAGAUCCGGAAGAAGCUCAAGGUCCAAAAUUUACUCAUGUUAAAGAACAUGAUUUUAUCAAGUCACGAUAUCUGGGUUUUGGAAAGAAUUCCUACAUCCUGGGUUGGGUGCAUUCAUUUUUCAAGCAGUUCUAUGCAUCUGUAACAAGAUCCGAUUACACCACGUUGCGACUGGGCUUCAUUAUGACUCAUUGCAGGGGAAACCCGAAGUUUGAUUUUCACAAAUACAUGAUGCGAGUCCUUGAAGCUGACUUUAAGAAAGUUGUUGGAAUAAGUUGGUAUCUUUGGCUAUUUGUGGUUAUCUUCUUGUUUCUGAACGUUUCUGGUUGGCAUGCAUAUUUCUGGAUUGCAUUCAUACCCUUCAUUCUUCUGCUAGCCGUGGGUACUAAGUUGGAGCAUGUGAUUAUCCAAUUGGCCCGCGAGGUUGCUGAGAAACAUGUAGCAGUUGAAGGGGAUUUGGUUGUUCGACCUUCAGAUGAUCACUUCUGGUUCAACAAGCCUAAAAUUGUUCUCCUUCUGAUUCACAUCAUUUUAUUCCAAAACUCUUUCGAACUGGCAUUUUUCUUCUGGAUAUGGGUGCAGUAUGGUUUUGACUCCUGCAUAAUGGGACAAGUUGGUUAUAUUAUUCCAAGACUUGUUAUUGGGGCAUUCGUUCAGUUCCUCUGCAGUUACAGUACCCUGCCACUCUAUGCCAUUGUGACACAGAUGGGAAGUUCAUUCAAGAGGGAAAUAUUUGAAGAGUAUAUUCAAGAAGGGCUUGUGGGUUGGGCUAAGCAAGCAAAGAAGAAGGCAGGGCUGAGAAGGGCUGCAAAUGAGUCUAGCCAUAAUCAAGUAAGCCCCAAAGAGGAGUCUCCUCUGAUUCAGAUGGCAAAAGCUGGAUCUAGGGAAACUGCAGUGGAAGAGAACAAAUCAGGAGAGAUUGUACAUGGAACUGCCUCCUAAGGAACUACCAUGGGAGUCACUCAAGCAUCAAUGUACUUGCCAGUACAUACGUUCAUAGAGUUGAUGUAUACAGCUUGAGUUACGUGGGGAAAUUUUAAGAUUUUAAAAUUGAAAUUUUAAUAAGAGAUGAAGAUAUAGUUUAGUAA